GCCCGCGUCCCCCUCUCGCCCUGGCCGCUCGCGCAGCUGCUCAGCUCUCGCUAUAUAAAGGGGCGAAGCGGGCAGAGCGGGCGGCUGGCGGCGGCGGCUGCAGCCCCAAGGCCGGCGAGAGAGGCCGGGCAGGCCGCGGGGCAGCCCGUGAGCCGGGGACGCGCGGGCUCUGGGGGGGACGCAGCCAGGCAGGUUUAUUGUUUUAGGGGCGACUCCCCCCCCGCGGUUGGGGGCGUCCCGGGGGGCUCGGGACAUGGCGAGCUCGACUAACACAAACCCCGUGCCUAAGUUGUACAGGUCUGUAAUUGAAGACGUCAUCAAUGAUGUCAGAGAAGUUUUCCUGGAUGAAGGAGUGGAUGAACAAGUUCUUAUGGAACUCAAAACACUGUGGGAGAACAAAUUGAUGCAGUCCAAGGCUGUAGAUGGCUUCCAUUCAGAAGAACAGCAACUUUUGUUGCAGGUGCAACAGCAGCAACAGCAGCAGCAACAACAGCAUCAUCACCACCAUCAUCACACGCAACCUCAGCCACAGCAGACUGUGCAGCAGCAGUCUCAGCCCCAGCAGGUCCUUAUUCCAGCAUCUCAGCAAGCAGCUCAGCAGCAAGUUAUCGUGCCAGAUUCCAAGCUUAUACCGCACAUGAAUGCAUCAGGCAUGAGUGCUGCAGCCACUGCAGCUACAUUGGCUCUCCCUGCUGGUGUUACUCCUGUUCAGCAGAUCCUUACAAAUUCAGGCCAGAUCCUCCAAGUAGUUAGAACUGCAAAUGGAGCUCAGUAUAUCAUUCAACCACAGCAGCCAGUUGUUCUACAGCAGCAGGUCAUACCACAAAUGCAGCCUGGUGGAGUACAAGCACCUGUUAUACAGCAGGUUUUGGCUCCUAUCCCUGGAGGGAUUUCCCAGCAGACAGGAGUGAUUAUUCAGCCUCAGCAGAUCCUGUUUACGGGAAAUAAAACACAAGUCAUACCUACAACAGUGGCUGCCCCUACACCAGCUCAAGCACAGAUCCCUGCAGCUGGUCAACAACAACCACAACAACAACAGGCACAACCACAAGCACCACUCGUUCUCCAAGUUGAUGGAGCAGGGGACACAUCAUCUGAAGAAGAAGAAGAUGAGGAAGAAGACUAUGAUGAUGAGGAGGAGGAAGACAAAGAAAAAGAUGGGGGUGAAGAUGGCCAAGUUGAAGAGGAGCCUCUUAACAGUGAAGAUGAUGUGAGUGAUGAGGAAGGACAAGAACUGUUUGAUACAGAAAAUGUUGUUGUGUGCCAGUAUGAUAAGAUUCACAGAAGUAAAAACAAAUGGAAAUUUCAUCUCAAAGAUGGCAUCAUGAAUCUUAACGGAAGAGAUUAUGUAUUUUCCAAAGCCAUUGGGGAUGCAGAAUGGUGAAGUUUUAAAAGACAAAAAAAACUCCCUGUAAAAGGGGAAAAAAAAAGCAGGAAAGUUUGAGACUUGGAUGUGUACUCUAAUCAAAUGUGUAUCUGCACAUCAGAAAUAAACAAUAAACAAAAAUAUUGGAACAAAGGUAAAAUGUGGCAACAAAGACACUACUUCAGCUGAGCAAGCCAUGGACUGUAGCAGCUAUAGCAUUGUCUGGGAGCUGGUUUUGUGUGUUAGGAAUACCUUAAUUAUCAAUUCUACAUACAGGUACCUACAGCUGGUAUUUAGCAUGUAAGGCUUUGUUCCCCUUCCCCCCUCCCUCCCAUCUUCCCUUGAUUUACAAUUUUAAAAUACUUCUUCCAUUGAUUGAAGGAACUCUUCCCUUUGAUAGAUUAUUAAUCUGAAAAUGCUUAUUGUGUGUACAAAUCUUUGCUUUGAACACUUCCUUUUGGUAGUGAGGAUGGUCAGAAUGUUACUUAAACUGCGUGCAAGCUUUGUACAGAAGGGUAAGAAUUAAGGUGUUAAAUUUUAAAUAACUUGUAUAAGGAAAAUAUUUUUAAUUCUGAUAUGCUCAUUAAUUAUUAUAUCUAUUUGUUGUUUUCAGUUCCCCAUAAACAGGUGGUUGUUCCUGGCAGUUACAAAGCGGUAGAAUGAUCAUUUAUGUUUCAAAAUUAUUUUAAUUUCAUGUGAUCCCUUUUAUUUAGGGCUGUGUUUUUUAAAUACAAAGCAACUCCCCCCCACAAGUCAGAUUGCUUAACUUGUUAAUUAUAUUCUUGCUGUUUGGUUGUGGUUCAGCAUCACUGAACUGAAACAACUGUCCAUUGAUUUUUGUUUUAUUUAUUUUUUUUAAAUCUUUUUUUUUUAAAGCCUUUGCAGACGUUUUGAAUCAAAUGCAUAGGUAAUGGCAUAAUACAAUGCAUUCCUUCACCUGCUGAUUACAUCCAUAGUCCAGACAUCCACAAAUAAUUUAACAGACCACAAGAAUAACUAAAUUCGUAAUACAGAAAAUUGCAUAAAAAUUCUAACACCCUGGCUGCAACUCCGUUAAUCAAAGAUCUGCUUUACUUAAAAUUGUAGCGAUAAGUUCCCUGCAGCGGUUAAUAUCUCUGAAGUUUCCAGGUAGCAUGUAAUUUCAUGGAGAGCUUUACAGCUUUGAGAACACAAAUUUUGUUAGUGUCUUUAUACUGUCUUGGUAACAAAAUCAAGCAGUUGGAUGCACUAAACUUUGUGUAGUCAUUUUUUCACUUGCCUUCUCCAGAGGCGGGGUUUUGUUUUCCUUUGUGAAAAGCAAUAAGGUUGCUCCCCCCUCCUUCCCUUUCUCUCCCUUUUGUGAGCACCUUUUUGUCAUGCAUAGGUUAUUCUUGCAAACUCUGCUUUUGGAAAUGCAGUUACUUUUCAACGAGGAGAGGGAAUGGGCAUUAUACUUCAAAAAGUGUGGAGGAAAGAUGCUCAUGUGGCUCACCAUUUGAAAAAAAAUUUGUUUCAUUGGGUGUUCAGGAAAAGUAGGAAAAAACACAGUGAAGUUAAUUUUAACUGAAUUGGAAAGACUUUCAGAAGCAGACAUUUGAACCGUGAUUUCUGACAUUUUUUUGCUUGAGAAUGAAAUUUUGAAUAUUAUUUAACAAAGUCAGUCUAUUUUAGUGGUGUAUAAUGACUGCUCUGUUUUUCAUUCUCUCUUGAUUUACUUGUCCCCGAGUGCAUUCAUAGUCUCAGUAGUACGUAGAAAACUAGACAUUGUAAAGAGGGUUUUUUUUCCUGUGAUUUUUAUACACCUAUGCUCUCUGAUACAGACUAAAACUGCCUGUGGGCUGUAUCUAGAGCUGCAUGGUUGUCAGUAAGCCAUCUACAUGUCUAAGCUUUAUGAAAAGUUAAAAUGUUUCUUCUAAUUCAUUCUUAAGUAAUGGAAUCAUCAUUUAGAGUGUAUUUUUGGCUUGGGGCUUCAGGCUAUCUCAAACUGAUUCAUGUUCGCUUUCUUCCAAGCAAAGCAGAUAUUUUAUUUUUUUACCACUGUUGACACUUCUAUACAGCUGCAAUGAAAUGAAUACUGUACCAGUUAAUUCUUUCCCUCACCUUUUCCGUAUUGUUACCAGUAGGUCUUAAGUAGUAGACUUCAGAAAAAUUCCUGUCAUGCUGCACAACCAAACCAAUAAAAGGAAGAAAAUGCCUUUAGCUUUAGAUCCCUUUUUAUACUACUGGAACCCAGAUUACUUGUACAAAACUUUGUUUUCAUACAUCUUAAUGAUUUUUUUUUUCACUCAAAUACAUAUACUAGAAGCUGCAUAUCCUUUUUAUUUAUUUUUAAGGAAUAGCAGAACUUUAAAGAUAACUUAAGCUUAGCCUGUUCUGAAGGAUAUUAGAAGCUUUCUGAACUUGCACAGUCUCCUACAAGCUAAUUGUGUGGUAUGCUUUUCAGAGAAGUUUUGUCUUCAAAACCAGAUAACCUGUGAAGUUUUCGGAAAGCCAGUCAAACAUGAACAUACCAAACUGUGCUCUUAUUGCUGCAUCAAGUGUUCCUUUUUUUUAAAUCAAAAAGCAUGUUUUAAUUUCAUUUUAUUGUAGCAGCUUGCUCUAAGAAUGUAGUUUGCUUAAUUUUAUUAUUAUACUUGAAUUUUUAAUUGUGGUUUUAACAAUGUAACUGAACAGACCAUUUCAUUAGGUUCCAAAGAAACCAUUCCUUUCAGAGGGCAAGGGAUUCCCAUACCAUAGUUCAUAAAUGAUUAUUUCCACCCCAACCCCCCAGAAAUAGUGUUUCUGGUUGUGUUUUGUUUUGUUUUUUUCCCCACCAUUUAAAUAGUUCAGUAUUAUGGAAACAGUUAAUGAUUUCAAGAGGGUUUAUGUUAAAAUUUGCACAGAUAAUGGAGCACCUUCUUACGAUGAAAAAAAUGGGAAAGAUAACUUCAUAAUUGUAACCAUUACAGCUGAUGGAAACUUGCAGAGCAACUGGGCAAACUUGGGAGUGUUGUGCCUUUUCAGUUUGCAGAAUACCUAUUUUGCCAGUAUGAAAAUACUUUGUUUUGAUUCCUGAAAGAGUAAAAUUUCCUGCAGUGGUUCAAUCAGAAAAGCAACUUUUUUGCUCUAAUUCUGUUGGGGUUUAGUGUGUGCAAUCAUUUUAAAACAUCUAAGUUGAAGACAAAUUGAAAUAUGUUUUCUGUUAAGGAGAUAAUAGAGAAUUUAGUCACAUGAGGAACUUUAUGUUGGACUAUUUAAAUAAAAUAUGUUUUUAUUCCCCCUCAAUUGCUGGUUAGCGACAAGAUUUCUUUGAAGUUUCAUAUUCUUGUUCCUGCAUUGUACUCACAAGUUGCAUUUGAACAUCAUUCCGUUUCCUAAAUGCGAUUUGUAAUUGUGGUCCGAUUUUAUUUCUGAGGACAUGAUACGUGAUUCUGAAGCACAGUUUCUAGAAAAGAACAUGUUGUGUCAUGUAACAGAUUUUUUUCUUUAUAAAUGUUUAUUUCUGCUGCACAAUUUGGAGUGUUAAACUUCAUUGAGUCUGUGAAAAUAAUUCCACUGCUUAGCAGUAAUUAUGUCACCACAUAACACUACCAAAGUAAAGGUUCUUAAUUCCAGUGAGAGUUAAAAAUCUUGUUAACCGAAGUUCUUUUUGAUUCAAUCUCUUCAAUUUAUAAAAGAUUUUUUAAGAAAUAAGCCCUUUCCUCAAUUUCCCCCAAAGCAGAAGCUUCCUGAUAGAGUGCAGUAACAUGUGAGCAGUGGUUUUAGGGUAAUGCACACUGGAUUGAUACUGGACUGCCUUACACAGCAUUGUGGGGUUUGCUGUGUGCCACCCCACCCUGCCCAUACACCCCAAUGGAAAUUAAGAGUACUUUUCAAACUGAGAUUAGUGACUAUACAAAAUGAAGAAACUUGCAUAUUGUUAUGUAUUGGUGUCUGGCAUUUACAGUCUCGUUUUCCCAUUGCUGUGAUUGGUUGGGAAAUAUAUAAAAAACAGUCCAUUGGUUUCCCUGUUGUCUACCUUUUUUCAGGCAGUUCAUGCAGUGUGUCUUUUAAUUAUUGGUUGGUGGAUUAGACAUUGUGGAACAAGAGGAGCUUUUUUAAGAGGAAGAACUACCUUGGGUUAGCUAUAUGUGCAGUCAUCCAAUGAGACGUGUUCCAGAGUGCAUAGGGUACCAAUAGAUUACGGAAUGGGGGAAUAUCCUUUUUUGCUGUUCUGAGCUACUAUUGUCAACUGCUGUUGUACAUAUACUGUUAUGUGUAAGGGGGUAAAUAUAUUUAUUAUGUUUGUAAAAUUCAUUCUGUACAAUUGCAGAUCAAGGUUGCUCCUCUGUGAUAUACAGGAUAUUAUGUUUCAAAGGCCAUGCUUGGAAUACAAUUAGAGAACUUAGUAUUUUGAUGUACUAAGACCUAUUUUAAGUUUAAUAUUUUGCCUUUGCAAAAACUUUAAUUAAAGAUGUUAUUUAAAAA